GCGCUUGACUUUGCUCGUGUACGGUACGGUUGGUCGUGUCUCGUGUGUUGUAUUUUUUUACGCAGCAGGCAUCGCGAUAGAGCCGUGGUCGUCGUAGCCAACAACGUGGGGGGAAACAAACCAGCAAAACGGAGCCCCACGGGGUAUAGGAGGUUCCCCCGGUUUGCGCUCUCUAGUGCAUGUGUGUAUAUUGUUUCGUUCGGGUUAAUUUAUCUUGUAGAGUGUGUGCAUCGCAGAGUAACUUGAUCGUAACUCACGUACGUGUUCAGCUGUGUUAGCGGAGUGAAUCAUGUGAUCUAUCUACCAAGUUGUGCGCGAUCGGGUAUACACGUGUAAAGUGAAAUAAUUCAUAGUUUGUGUGUGUGUGUGUUAAAGAAUAGAGCAAAUAGAGGCGAAUAUUGAAUCAAAACAGGUCGUAAAAGUGUGUCCCUAAGCAAGUGGAGCAUGUUGGGGAUAAGCAAGAAGCCGGGUCCUCCGGUGCCGCCGCGCCCGAGUGCGGCGGCCGUUGCAACGGCCCUUGCAAAACAGCGCGAAAACUCGCCCUCUCCAAAUGGGGCCCCAAGACCAUGCAAUCCGACCGGGAUGAUGACCGGCAUGGCCACCUUAAAGCCGCCGCAUCCGGGCCGCACCGUCGUGUACAAGUCGCCCGACUUUGAUCCUCCCCCGCAGGCAAGAAAUCGAACGCACCAGCUGCAGGAGUCGUUGCAAGGAUCGCCCAACCUAAGCACGAAACGGAACGCGAUCUAUCACGAAAGUCCGGCCCAAAGCCCGAAAGCGGCCGAGCGACAUCUACCGUCCGGCGGGGUGAUGUAUCGAUCCACCUGCAGCAUCGUGGAGAUCAACACCAGCCCGAGCACGUCCGGGUCGAGUUCGGUGUCGACCUCGCCGGUUGCUACCCUUCAGAAGCCGCCCACCGAUCCGCAGAAAGGCUCCACGGGCAUUGCUCCGGUGGCGCGAAGGCGCAUGCGAAAUGGUGACUCCCACUCGAGCGAAGGAUCGGCCGACACGACGAAGUCGUCGUCGUCGUCCGAGGUGAUCAUCAUCAAUGGUGGAUCGCACGGGAGCAGCAUCAGUCUGCGCAGCGGUGCACCACCACCAUUGUCGUCCCACGAGGAUGGCCACGGCAAGGCGUCACUGGGCGGCAGCGAGUGUGACAGUGGAACGGAGCGGGGCGAUAGCUCCGGAUCGUGUGCCUCGGCCGGCAGUACGCUUGAGCGCGAGAACAAUAUGAAGAAUCUCGAGGGCGGCAAGAGCAGCAGUCACUUUACGGAAAUCAUUAUCGGCUCGAACCAGAGCAGUACGGUGGUGCGCAGUGGCAGCAAGCCGAAUAUUGCGGGCCCCGCGACCAGCAGCAACAGUACUGUGAUACGAUCGAGCUCGAUCCGUUUGCCAAUCACGGCGUCGGCGGCCGUGCCACCGUACCAUCGUCCCGAGCCGGAGGGCGGAGAGCAUGUACAACCGUCGAGUGAUAGCCGUGGAACUGGAGCCUCGAGUGCAGCAACGGCGGGUAACAUUGCCAAGUCUCAAUCAACCACAACGCUCGAUCCGGCCACGCUCGACUCGAAGCUGAGCGAGAAGAAGUUUGCCUUCCACGAGCUGCUCAUAUCGGAGCUGACGGCGAUGCGGCAGAAGCAGCAGGAACAGGAGCAGACAAAGCUGCAGUCCAAGACACAGGAGAAGAGCGUCGUGAAGGGUGCGGAUGACGACUGCCCGACGGCGAACGGGGUCGAUCUGGCGAAGAUUAAUCGCCGGCAGCGGUGUCCUUCCGAGCGCCGCUCGUCCGGCAGCGAGACGGAAACGACGACCCCGAACGGGACGACGGGCCGGCAGGCGAAGAUACGCACCGCCGACUGGAUCGAGGUGGGCGAUAACGGCAAGCAGGUGGUGCUGUCCAGCUGCCAGAUCAGCCUGGAAGACUCGGGCAUGGAGGACGAGGAGAAGCUGGACGAUGCGUCGUCCGGGGUGGGCGACUCGUGGGACAGCGUCAAGGAAGAUGCAGAGGAACGCAUCAUAAUGUCGCUACCCGGACUGCCGCCGCUGCCCAAGAGCCUCAGCGGCUUCGAUCUCGCCGGCAUGCAGUUCCAGUCCCAGCACCACCACCACCAACACCAUCACCAGCAGCAGCACCAUCACCAACAUCAGCAACAUCCAGCCCAGCAUAAUCCACACUAUCCUCCAACGCACCACCAGUCCGCCCAUCACGCGCAUCCGAUGCAGCAGCCGUCCUACCACGGGACGUCACCGCACCCGUCCAGCAAUCUGCCACCGUCCUCCCAGUCGCCCGCCCUCAACCACCAUCACACGAACCCGUUCAUACCGAUGGUCGGGCCGGCCGGACUGCUGCACGGCGGGGACAGUUUGGCAUCGCUCGAAAGCGCCCAGCAGCGGGGACACUCGCCGGUCAGCAGCACGUUGUCGGGGGGAAGCAGCAGCGGGCGGAAGGCAUCACCCCAGCCGGGCGUGGGACCGGCGUCAGCGUCAACGUUGGACACCCAGUUGGCGAUUCUGCGACGUGAAAUGUACGGCCUUCGGCAACUCGAUCUGUCCUUGCUGUCGCAGCUGUGGGCGCUGAACGAAUCCAUCCAAGAGUUCCGCACGAUGCUGCAGGAGCAGGAAACGCUUUCGCCGCCCUCGCCGUCACCGUCCAACUCGGACGCGAACUCCGUGUCCUCGGACGACGAUCUCGACGAGGACGACUCGUCCACCACGAACAACAGCACCAAUCGGCUGCUGCAGCAGCAUCAGCAGCAGCAACACCACCUGCUACUGUCAUCAGCCCAUCAUCAGCUCCAGUCGUCCACGAACAGUAUUGUCGGUGCGGCGGGGAGUGGUGGUAGCAGCGGCGGCGGCGGCGGCGGUAACCUAACGCCCGGCGGCGGUCCUAAUCCGAACGAAUCGGGCGGCUCAUCCUCGACCACCCUCUCGUCGUCUGCAUCGUCCCGCAUGAGAGCGCCACCACCACCGCCUCCCAACAGAAAGGCACCGUCCCGGCCCGUCUAGAGAGGGACGGGACUCCUGGACUAGAGUAGUUGAACUUCAACGUUAAAACCGCUAAACAGAAAAGUCAGUGAUCGUUGCCAAUUAGUGUGUGUGCCGGUGCCGGUGAAACUAGCUUAAUCGGGUUGCGCGGAUCGGAGGAUGGAGGGAGGGAUGAUUUCACGACGACUGUGAGAGCAUGUCGGGGGCUGUAAAGUAUAGGGCAGGCGGCAGGUACAGGAACGGCAGGAGCUAGCGAGCUAGGCGAUCUAAAUAC